AUGGCGCAGACAGCCACAACAUUCGGCUUUAUUGGCCUUGGGAAUAUGGGCUCUCAGAUGAGCCACAACCUCGCCUGUUACGCCGAAAAACAGGAAUGGCCCAAGGUCCAGCUGUGGAAUCGAACACGCGGCAAAAUCGAGCAUAUGCUCAAGGAGAGCUACUGCGAGAUUGCAGACACAAUUGAAGACCUGGUCGAACGCUGCGACAUCAUCCAUGCCUGUCUAGCCAACGACGACGUCGCCUUGUCCGUCUUCAGGCAAGUUCUGGCCGCGGGAAAGAAAGGUCUCAUCUUGGUCGACCAUUCCACCCUCUUUCCCACCACAUCAGCCACUCUGCAGCAGGAAGCCCUCGCUCAGGGCUCCUCGUUUCUGUCCUGUCCCGUCUUUGGUCCUCCCUCUGUGGCGAAAAGUGCCGGGCUCCUGGUGGCAUUGGCAGGAGACGAAACCGCUCGGAGUAAACUCAAGCAAUACAUUGUGCCAACCAUUGGCAAGGCGACAAUUGACUGUGGGAGUGACGCCAGCAAAGGCGCAUUAUUGAAGAUUCUGGGCAACAACUGCAUCUUGGGCACGAUCGAACUGCUUUCGGAAAGCUUCACGCUGGCGGAAAAGACUGGCUUUGAUGCCGGACUGUUCUAUGAGUUUAUUCAAGCAUGGUUCCCUGCCGCUGCCUGGGUCAACUACGGCAAGAAGAUCCGCGAUGGCGCUUUCAGUGGCAAGACCGGAUUCACGAUCCCGGGAGGCAUGAAAGAUGCGGCCUAUAUCCGAAGACUGGGGGCAGAAACAUCUACGCCAACCCCGAUUAUUGACCAGGCGUGGAAUCAUUUGACAACGGCCAAGGCAAUCGGUGGUGAAUCUCUGGAUUGGAGUUCCUGUGCGGCUGGUAUGCGUGUCACGGCAGGUCUACCACCUUUCAAAGGCGAAGACUUUACAUUGGACAAGUCCAACGGCGCAAAUGGGACAGAUGGUGUUAAUGGGCACUGA